ACCUCUAGUACUAGCCUUUUACCAUUUCUCUUUCUUAAUAUAUAUCUCCCUCUCGUUUUCUCUAUUAUUCCAAAAUUUAUGGUCACAUAAUAUUGUUCCCUUCCCAAUAAAAAAAAAUGAUGUCAAUCAAAGCAUUAGCUGAAUCACCUAACCUAACUUCAGUUCCCCCCACCUAUACAAUAUUCUCCAAUACUACUCCCAAUGAUCAACCUCAACCUCAACCACAACUCCAAAUCCCCAUCAUUGAUCUCUCCCUUCUAACCUCUAGUGAUCCAGAUCAACGGUCCAAAACCAUCACUGAAUUAGGCAAAGCAUGUCAAGACUGGGGCUUCUUUAUGGUGAUCAAUCAUGGUGUGGCAGAGAGAUUAAUGAGUGAAGUUUUAGAAGGGUGUAGAGGUUUUUUUGAUCUUAGUGAAGAAGAGAAGCUUGUGUUUAAGGGUACACAUGUUAUGGACACAAUUAGGUAUGGUACAAGCUUCAAUGCAUCGGUAGAGAAAGCUUUGUAUUGGAGAGAUUAUCUUAAGGUUCUUGUUCCUCAGCACCAUCCUCAUCAUUUUCAUUUCCCUAAUAACCCAUCUGGGUUCAGUGAGAUUGCAUUAGAGUACUUGAAGAAAACCAGGGAAGUAGUGAAGAUAAUACUUGAAGGCAUAUCAAAGAGUUUAGAAUUGGAAGGCAAUUACAUAUACAAAACACUUGAAGUGAAUUCAGGCUUACAAAUAUUUAUAGCAAAUCUGUAUCCUCCAUGUCCUCAGCCAGAGCUUGCAAUGGGGUUGCCACCUCAUUCAGACCAUGGCCUUUUAACCCUUCUCACUCAAAAUGGAAUUGGUGGACUUCAAAUUCAACACAAGGGCAAUUGGGUCAAUGUCAAUCCUAUUCCCAAUUCCUUCUUGGUCAACACAGGAGACCAUCUUGAGAUAUUGAGCAAUGGGAAGUACAAAAGUGUUGUGCAUCGAGCCGUAGUGAACAAAAAUGACACAAGAAUCUCACUAGCCAUAGCCAAUGGACCAGCCCUUGAGACAGUUGUGAAUCCAGUACCAAAGCUGGUUGAAAGCCAUGAUUCUCAUUCAUCAGCAUUUGCUGGAAUGAAGUAUAAGGAUUAUGUGCAACUUCAACAAAGUAACAACCUUUGUGAUAAGUCAAUCUUGGAUCGUAUUCGAAAUUAUUAGCUAGCUGUGAUCUUUCAUGAAAAAAGAAUAAGAAAGUAAUUGUAAUGGAGCUGUUUGUAGCAAAGUGUUAUAUGGGGUAUUGAUAUUCUUAGUGUUGGUAACUCUGAAGAUUAUUAAUUUAUUAGUGUUUUUAUGGUU